UGUACCGUUCUAGCAACUCUGGUUCUAGGUUCUAGUGUAGCGUCAAGUGCACAUACCGAUUCUCACAUUGUGGUGUUCAUAUUCUUGUGUGAUAACGUCCAAUUAGAAAGACAAAUAUGUCUCUCUUCGACAUUUUACCAACCGAAAUAUUGCUAAUAAUUUUUAAUUUAUGUGAUGUGUAUACUUUACUACAGCUCAACAGGGUAUGCAAAAAAUUUCAUGAAAUAUCAGAAAUUGUCUUAAAUAAAAAAAGUAACCAUUUGCUUGUUACGAAUGAGGUGUCGAAAAAAUUUUGUGAACGAUGUACAGAACAAUUAUCUUCGUACAACUGGAAAUUUAUUAUGCAUUACAACUGGAAAUAUGGAAUAUGUAAUAAACGUUUCAUACGUGACGUACUUAUAUAUUCCACAGAAGAUAUGAGAUUCAUGAGAAUGGAGGAAAAAUGUCUAAAAAUGACUGAAAAUACAAUUUGCUUUUAUGACGAAGAUAUUCUUUCAGCUUUUAAUCGUGCAAAGGACGGUAACAUUACGGGAAACAUAAUAUGUGGAACUUGUAACUGUCAAUUUUCAAGCAUUGCUUAUUGCAAUGAUAUAAUUAUAAGCGGCCACGAAGAUGGUAGUAUUAGGCAUUGGAGAAUUGAAUCGCGGAAUAACAUUAAUAAUAUUCAACAAUUAAAAGCACAUUCCAAUGUAUAUGGUGAACACGUUUCGAACAUAGAAGCAACAACGCAACAUAUUAUAUCAAGUUCUUCAAAUUUAAUAAAAAUACAGAAAAAUACACUUGAAAAUGAUAAUUUUGCGAAAGAAAACAAAACAAUUUAUAGAGGCAAAAAAUUGAUUCAGUCAAUUUCAUUAGACCCUACAGAAACAAAAGUUGCUGCUAGUACCGAAGAAUCAUUUCUAAUUUAUGAUAUUAAAAAACAUUGUAAAGUAAUGGAUAAACGUAUAACUGAUAAUACUUGUUCUCAACUACUAUGGCAAGAUCCUCACACUAUUCUCAUGCUUUAUAAACAAGAGGUUAAAAAAAUGGAUAUAAGAACACGCGAAUUUGUACGUACAUGGAAUGUUUCUGUCCUAAAAAGUGUUCGUGAAUUACACAGUCUUUCUUCAGAUAAUUUGUAUACUAUUAUGACGGGAACGAAUGUUAGUGCAGUACUUCUAUGGGAUCAAAGAUUAAAUGAUUGCAUUCAAACGUAUGAUAUACAUCAUAUUUUUAACAACCCUGUACAUUCUGUGGAAUUUGAUAGCACCCAUAUGUAUGCUGUUACAGAUUUAAAUGGUAUGGUUGAAUUUAAUUUUAAGGAAGGAGACUAUUAUAAUCGCGCUGAAAGGAAAAAGUAUUUUAGCAAUUAUAUUUAAAUAAAAAAAGUUGACUAAGAAUUUUUUUUCUAAAAUACUUUGAUUGUUUACAUAAAUUAUAUACAUAAUGUCACGAAAUAUAAAAUGAAUAAUAAAUCUUUGUAUGUAAUAUGUAUGCUUCAAAAAUCCAUAUUUAUCAAAAUAUAACAUUAGCGUGUUCAAAAUAUAUUAGUCCAAAACAAAAAAGAGAUUUCUAUUUCUUUGCGCUGGCCACUAAUUAACAGGCAAGCAUGUCCAAUCCGUGCAAAAAACAACGUCGAAAGUAUUUAUAAAAUUAAU